UAUGUGACGUCACAGAUCAGCUGAUCAGAAACAUAGCUGGGUCUGCUGCUGAGCUGGAUCUGCUGGGCUCUGAGAGGGAACCAGAACCGGACCCGCGGCACAGAAACCUCCGCGUGGUCCAGCUGCUGGUUCUCCUGCAGAGCCUCAGACCUGCAGACCCCCCCUGUGUGGAUCCUCUCACCGUCCGUGAUGAUCAGAGCUUUCCCACAACUCCUCUGGUUGGACAUGACGUCACACAGGUGCUUCGGUCUCUCUGUCGUCACUUAUUGGGCUUCAUCCGUACCCAUGUCCUCGCGCUGGUCCGGCCGCGUCUCUCCUGCAGGACAGACCCGGAAACACAUCCGACCGCUCCGAACUCACGUGACCGAUCUUCUAACUUCCCAUUGGCCGAGAUCGUCACACAACGCAAGAGGGAAAAUACGGUAACAAGGAAAUACGUUUCCUGCACGAGCCCGGUAAUUUUCCCCACACGUGCCCCGGUCCGGUUUGUUUACCUGCGGAGACCCGGAGGAGAGUCCGCUCCGAGCUGCAGGAUGUCUGAAGAGGUUCCACAUGAGGGGGAGCAGCCCCAGUCCGAGUCCGCCCAGUCCACCCAGUCCCCGUCCCAGGCCCAGUCCACCCAGUCCACCCAGUCCACCCAGUCCCCGUCCCAGUCUAAGUCCCAGUCCCAGCCUGGUUCCAGUUCUUCCAGCGCGCCGACCUCUGCCAGCCAGUCUUCCAGCGGCUCGGGGACGCUGAGCAGCGUGGACACCAUCCCCGUCACCCUGCCGUCCGUCCCCGAGGAGCCCGAACCACAACCCUGGGGCCGCCUGCUGCCCAUGGCCCGAGGCUUCAGGAGCCAUGACUGCUUGGAGGACCAGUACCUGUUUGGGCGGGACUCCAAGUGUAACUAUGUUCUGGAUGAUCCGGAUGACCGAGGAUCCAAAAGGUUUAGAAUCUACAGCAAGAAACACUUCAGGAUCUACAGAGAGGGCAGCGAGGUGUUCGUGGAGGACUACAGUAACAACGGGACGUUUGUGGACGGGAACCUGAUCGGUAAAGACCGGAAGCUUCCUCUGGUCAACAACGCUGUGCUCGCCCUGUCUGAACCACGAAACAAAGUUUUCGUUUACAUAGACCUCAUGUCCGAUGACCAGUCCAGCUUACCCAAAGAGCUUCGGGACAAAUACCUUCUGACAAGACGCAUCGGCACAGGAGUGUGCGGGGAAGUCAAACUGGCGUUCGAGCGUAACACCUGCAGGAAGUUCGCCGUGAAAAUAAUUCAGAAGAAGAACUUUCAGUCUGAAGGGACAGCGACACGGAACGCGAAGACAGAGAUCGAGAUUCUGCAGAGGGUCGACCAUCCUUGCCUGAUAAAGACGGAGGACUUCUAUCAGACGGAGGACAGUUACUACAUCGUGUUGGAGCUGAUGGAAGGGGGAGAGUUAUUCCAAAGAGUGAAGUCUCAGCAGCAGCUCGACGAGUCCGUCGCCAAACUCUACUUCUACCAGAUGCUGAGAGCCGUCCAGUACCUCCACAGUAACGGGAUCAUCCACAGAGACCUGAAACCAGAGAACAUCCUGCUGGCCUCACAGGACAGCGUCUGUCUCAUCAAGGUGACGGACUUUAACCAGUCCAGGAUCUUGGAGGAGGCCAUGUUGAUGAGGACUCUCUGUGGGACUCCUUCUUACUUGGCUCCUGAAGUCUUCACUAACGCCUCCACCACAGGAUAUGGCCUCGCCGUGGACGCCUGGAGCCUCGGAGUCCUGCUCUUCGUCUGUCUGGGCGGUUAUCCUCCCUUUCAUGAGAACUUUGGUCAUCAGUCCAUCACCGAACAGAUCAUUCGUGGCGAGUUCACCAUGGUUCCUUCCAAGUGGAGACACAUCUCUGACCAAGCCAAGGACAUGGUGAGGAAGCUGCUUGUUGUUGAUCCCAGUAAGAGGAUGACUAUAGAGGAGGCUCUGCAGCACCCCUGGUUACAGGAUCAAGAGAUGUUGGAGAAGGCGCAAAGACUCAUGUACCCUCCUGCUGAUGCGCCUGAUGCUCCUGCUGAUGCACAUGCUGCUCCUCCUCCUGCACCUCCUGCUGAUGCACCCGCUGAUGCACAUGCUGAUGUUCCUGCUGAUGCUCCUGCUGCUCCUCCUGCUGAUGCUCCUGCUGCUCCUCCUGCUGAUGCUCCACCCCAGCCGGAGGCGGCGUCAGCUUCAGGAGGCCCCCGGAGGAAACGAAGACGAGAUGGAGACAAAGAGGAGGAACAUCCUGCCAAACGGAGCCAAGCCCCGCCCCGUGCCCCACUGUAAAGGACCAAUCAGACUCAGCCAUCCUCAGGUCAUGUGCCUCAGCUACUUGUUCACUACUGGUACUGUAAAUAAUGUUUUCUAAUAAAGUUUUUUGUAUAUUU